AUGAAUGGGCUAUAUCCGUUGGUUGGCUGGCGUGUGAACAAUGUACCUGUGUUUGUAGCCGAAGGAAAUGACCAUGACACGGCUGUAGUGCUGAAAUGGGCUCAAAGCAUAGGUCUUCAAACUCCGAUCAAUGAUGACACCGCUUGCUGUGGUUUUCUAGGUAUCCGCCCAGAUACAACAAAAGCUCAUAUGGUGCGAGCGAUUUUGGAGUCGAUCGCCUUUCGAGUUUACCAAAUAUUCGAAACAAUGCGAGUUGAGGUUGAGAUCCUAAGCAAGCCGAGGAUACGGAUCUGUGGUGGUGUAGCGGCAAAUGAUUUUGUAUGUGAAACUAUUGCCACAUUAACCGAUAUCCCAAUUCAACGAAUGAAGGACGGUGGUUACGUGGCUUCUCGUGGAGCUGCCCUUCUGGCCGGAUUUGUUCAAGGUUUGACUAGUUUGGUUCUGUUCUCGAUCAUCAGCAUAAGGUAA